GCGAAGUUUCCAACUGACAUUUACUAGGUUUUUGAACUUAUACUUGUUACUUACAUCAAUUAUUUAACAACUGACUAUGAGUGGUUACGAUAGUGCUUUAUCCAUCUUUUCGCCUGAUGGACAUGUUUUCCAAGUUGAGUACGCAUCCGAAGCCGUCAAGAGAGGUACCUGUGCCGUGGGAGUGAAAGGAAAAGAGUGUGUAGUUUUGGGAUGUGAAAAGAGAACUACCUUAAAACUUCAAGACCCACGUAUUACCCCAUCCAAGAUCUGUAAGAUCGAUAAACACGCAUUAUUGGCAUUUGCUGGUUUGAAUGCUGACGCCAGAAUUCUUGUUGACAAGGCCAGAGUCGAGGCCCAAUCUCACAGAUUGACGUUAGAAGAUGCCGUCACCUUGGAGUAUUUAACCAAAUAUAUUGCCGGUGUUCAGCAGAAAUACACUCAAUCCGGUGGGGUAAGGCCCUUCGGUAUUGCCACCAUCAUUGCUGGAUUUGAUGCCAAUGAUGAAACCCCAAGAUUGUUUCAAACCGAACCUUCAGGGGUGUAUAAUGCCUGGAAAGCCCAUGCGAUUGGUAGAUCUGCUAAAACCGUUAAAGAAUUCUUGGAGAAAAACUACGAAGAAAACAUGACCGAUGAAGAAACACUCAAGUUAACAAUCAAGUCAUUGUUGGAGGUGGUACAAACCGGGGCAAAGAAUAUUGAGGUGUCGGUCUUGAAGUCUGGUGAUAGAAUCCAACAGUUGACUGUCGAGGAAAUCAAAAAAUAUGUUGAUGAAAUAGAAGCUGAAAAGGCAGCUGAUGCAGAAAAGAAGAAACCAAGAGCAAGGGGACAAUAAGUAUAAAUCGUUGUAUAUUACAAACCUUUUGAAUUAAAUGUCUUUUUUUAUAGCAAAUAAUACUUUCACUUUCUAGCUUUCUUCUUACCAUUCGUUUUGGUAUCUUUAGCUUUCCUCUUUUUAUCAUCUUCUUUCUUGGGCACUACUUUAAAGAAACCAUCAAGUCUUCCUUGAACUCCAGUUUUCAAGCCCUUUUUCAACUUUUCGUAACCACUUUUGACACGGUCCUCACUGAAGCCUUUGUCAUUCACCAUGAACUCAAUCAUUCCUUCCAAAUCAGGCUCUUUCCAUUUGAAACUCAAUUCGGAGCAUGGGGUAAUGUCGGGAUUCAAGAACAAUUCCCUGGCUUCUUCGUACGGCCAAUUUUCGGGCAACUUAUACUUCGUUUUGUCGGGGUUGUCGUUUAUGAACUUGACAAUAUUGUCGAUAGAUCCAUGUUCCUUGAUUAAUUUAAAGGCAGUCACAGGACCAACCCCCUUAAUGGUCUCACAGUAGUCGCAUCCCAACAAAAUACAAAGGUCAAUAAACGUCUUUUUAUCCAUUUCAAAUCCUUCAAUAGCAGUCUUACAAUCGAUCUGAUCAAUUGGAAUCUUUCUAGCCUCAGAAAAUGUCAAAUGUCUCAAUAGGUAUGGGGGACUGUAACAAAUGGUAUCCAUAUCUUCAGAAGCAGCGGCAAAGACUUUUCCACCUCUGGCCAACUCGGCGCAUUGAGCUUCGGCUUCACAUGGGGCAUUUAUAUAGGGAAUCCCCAUAAGCUCCAACAACUUUUUAGCUUCAUCGUUAUGUUCACGAGAUACCCGAACCAUUCUUUUCUCAAACUUCAAUAUGUCUUCGGCAGAGCCUUCUUCUUUGGCAUCCUCCAUCUUCUUGAUGGCCUCUUCUUUUCUUAAAUAUCUUUUUUCCAACUCUCCACCUUUCAAGACUGGGGGUUUACCAUCAAACACGUACACGGGUUUAAUCCCAUUUUCAACCAUUCGAAGGGUACGAUAAAACAUGCCCAGUAAGUGUGACGUGAUCUCUCCCUUAUCAUUAGUUAAGUUCUGUCCGUCUCCUUGUCUAACUGCAAUUAAAUACUGAUACAAGCACAUUGAGGCAUCGAUUGCAAUUUUCCGGCCAAAUAAAUUUUUCAAUUGGAACUCUUUAAUGGCUCCAGGGGAAUGAUCUUUUAUAAGCGCAUUAAGUCCCUUAACACCCAUUUUGUCGAUGAGUUUGUAUUCAAAGUCUGUGCUGAUUUGAAAAACGCGUUCCGCGCAUGAAUUAAUAGAGUAU